GGUGUUUUGGGAGUUUACUGAGCACAGGACUGUAGAAACCAGACUUACUGUGCUGAGUUGUGUGUGUUUGUAAACGGAUAUUAUGAUAUAGUUCUGUUGUUAUAAACCUGGCCUCCAUUUACUUCCGUUCACCAUGGAGGCAUGGCCAGAAAAAACAGUUUCCUUCAAGAGUUCAAGGAACCAUGGCGGGCUGCUGUGGGUAAAGCAAGAGCUUCGUCUGUGCAACAGGAUCCACUUCAGUGACUCAACUCCAGCGUAGGACAAUUGAACACCGAUAACCAAAAGGAGUGCCGGUUGUCUGCCAGAAUGAGCUCAGCUGUCAGCGGGCACCGAGCCCCCGGAUCACCCUUGGCACAGAGACGGAGAGACAGAGCGCAGGCUAUGGAAAAGUCGGAGAAAGUGGCGAUACAACAUGGUUUCCCACGCAGUUCUUCCCUGUGACCACAUCAUCUUCAUCUUCAUCUUUUGGACGUCGCCACCUUCGUUGCAACCAGAAGUGACACAAGAAGUCCACUACAAACACAGAGGUGCUCUGAAGAGGAAAAGGGACUUCACUCUCUGGAUGAGAGAUGGAUGUGGAUCACGGAUUCUAUCGGCAGGUGGAAGUCCAGGCUCACGCUCACUACAUCGUUGCCUUCUUUGUCUUGGUGAUUGGAACAGUGGGCGUUACUGGGAACGCCUUGGUCAUGUACGCCUUUUUCUGUAACAAGAAGCUACGGACUCCCCCCAAUUAUUUCAUCAUGAACCUGGCGGUCAGCGACUUCCUCAUGGCGAUUACACAGUCACCCAUCUUCUUCGUUAACUCCCUUUACAAGGGCUGGAUUUUUGGUGAAACAGGCUGUAAAAUGUACGCCUUCUGCGGAGCUUUAUUUGGAAUCACGUCCAUGAUAAACCUUCUGGCCAUCUCUCUAGACCGCUACAUUGUCAUCACCAAGCCCCUGCAGGCCAUACGUUGGACCUCCAAGAGACGCACAUGCAUCAUUAUUGCCCUGGUUUGGCUCUACUCUCUAGCCUGGAGCCUUGCGCCACUUUUGGGGUGGAGUUCGUACAUUCCAGAGGGCCUGAUGACCUCAUGCACAUGGGACUAUGUGACGUCUACUCCAGCCAAUAAAAGUUAUACUCUGAUGCUAUGCUGCUUUGUCUUCUUCAUCCCACUGGGCAUUAUAUCCUACUGUUAUCUGUGCAUGUUCCUGGCAAUCCGCCGUGCAAGCAGAGAUGUGGAGAAGUUUGGGUAUCAGGUGAGGAAGUCAACCCUGAUCCAGCAGCAGUCCAUCAAGACUGAAUGGAAGCUGGCCAAGAUUGCCUUUGUGGUCAUCAUAGUGUUUGUGCUUUCCUGGUCGCCCUAUGCAUGUGUCACCCUCAUCGCCUGGGCUGGAUAUGGAAGCAGCCUCAGCCCCUAUUCCAAAGCUGUCCCGGCUGUUAUAGCCAAGGCAUCGGCCAUCUACAACCCUUUCAUCUACGCCAUCAUUCACUCUAAAUACAGAGACACCAUGGCAGAAAAUAUUCCCUGUCUACACUUCCUAGCCCAGGCGCCCAGGAGGAAGUGUGUAUCGGUGUCACACAGCGAGUCUUCCCUCAGGGAAUCGAUGCUGAGCAGACAGUCAUCGGUCUCCAGGACCAAGUUUUACAGAGUCUCCUCCAUGUCUACGACAGAGACACAGGUUUGGAGUGACGUGGAGAUGGACCAUAUCGCUGGUAUGACAAAAAUCCUCAGCCCAGAGCGAGGCUCACUGAACAGAUGUGACCACACCCUGUCGCCCGACUUUGUCGACACAGUAAUACUCCCCGUCUUGGGAAGAAGGGAGGAGAAUCCUGAAAGUUGGGAUAAAGAGAAGAAACAGGACCAUGAGCGAGAGAAAGAGGGCGAAUACGAACAGAGAGAGGCACAGCAAGUGCAGAAGGAGAAAGAUGAGAAGGAGCCAGAGGUCCUCAUCCUGCCAGACUCUCUGGAAAAUAUUGUAUGUGUGCACUCCCAAGCAAAGAAAGGCCCUCUGGACCACAGCUGUUGUGAGGAAAAACAAAGCACACAGAGCAAACCGAGAGAACUGUUGCUCCAUUUACAGCCUCUGGACUGUUCUGCUCAUUGAGUCUGCGCAAAGAUUUCUGAGCUAAAUGUUGAAUAUGUUUAUUUAUCUAUGUGGCUAUAUGUGUGACUGUGACACAGCAGAGUAAACGUUUUAUUUUUUUUGUUCAAGAAUGUUAAUCUUUUUUAAAUAUGUUAAAACUUUUAUCUCAACUGUUUAACAAUGCAACCAAAUACAUUUAUUUAUAGGUUUUUGUGCAAUCGUACACACAACUGUUUUAACUAAUAAUCCUGACACACACCUCUCCUGUUCAUGCUGCUGUUAACAUACAAAAUAAUGCUACCCUUGUUCUUGUUAGAGGCACGUCCUCGGUACUAUCAACACUGUCACAGUGAAACAAAGGAAAAUCUUAUAAAUGGAACCUAAACUUAAAGGGACUGUUUGUAACUUUUUACGCCUAUAAAUCUACCGGGUCGGUGUCCCAUGCACGCUCGCAUGUGUGGCUACGCUGUUCAGACCGCUCCUCCGCUAGUUCUCGCUCCACCUCAC